AAGCAGAUGGUUCUCAUAGACUCUCUGCUGACUGGAAGUAGUGCUGCCCAUGUAGGUUCACGGAAACACAAUCGUGACAUUGCUGAAGUGGCUGGUGCUGCAGAACUAUUACUGCCUCGUGGUAGUGCACGUGUCUCUGGGAUGGUGAAAACCUCUGCUUCACCACUUCUACACGGCAAACUUCGAGAUUAUCAAAUGAUUGGGCUCGAUUGGUUAGCUAAACAGUACAGAAAAAAUCUUAAUGGGAUACUGGCAGAUGAGUCAGGACUGGGCAAGAAUGUCCAGGUGAUAGCUCUCUUAGCUCAUCUGGCCACCAGUGAAGGUGUAUGGGGUCCACAUCUAAUUGUUGCACGAAGCUGCAACAUUCUUAAAUGGGAGCUGGAACUGAAACGCUGGUGCCCAGCACUUAAACUGCUACUGUAUUUUGGUAGUCAGCGAGAGCUCAGGAGGAAACGUCAGACUUGGAAUGAACCCAACAGCUUCCAUGUCUGCAUCACAUCCUACAAGCAAUUGUUUAAAGGACUCCAGGCCUUCAUGAAAAUGAGAUGGAAGUAUCUAGUGCUAGAUGAGGUCCAUCAGAUCAGAAAUAUGAAUGAGAAGCACUGGGAUGCUAUAUUGAAUCUUCCAAGUCAACGGCGGCUGCUUCUCCGAGACACUCCGUUACCACACACGUGGAAGGACCUGUGGACCAUGGUACAUUUCCUUAUUCCAGGCUUGUCUAGAACUUAUUUGGAUUUCCCAGUGAAGGAGGGCAGUGACCAGGACCAAGAAUACCGACAUACCAUUUCAAUUCGAUUGCAUCGGUCCACUCAACCUUUUAUAUUGCGACGGACCAAAAGAGAUGUGGAAAGGCAGCUAAACAAGAAAUUUGAGCAUGUACUUAAGUGUCAAUUAUCAAACCGCCAAAAGGUCUUGUAUGAAGAUAUCAUGAUGCAGCCUGGAACUCAGGAUUCCUUAAAGGGUGGCCAUUUUGUCAGUGUUCUUCACGUCCUGACGCAGUUGCAAAGGAUUUGUAACCAUCCAGAUCUGGUGGAUCCACGGCCUGGACAUUCCUCAUAUGCAUGUGAAGCUCUGCAAUAUGAAACCGCGUCUUUAGUAUUGAAGGCUUUAGAAUGUGACCCCUGGAAGAACACAGAUUUGUCUUUAUUUGAUUUACUUGGCCUAGAAAAUAAAAUGACCCGUUGUGAAGGUCAGCAGCUUUGUAAGCAGAAAAUUACUAGAAGAAUGAUGCAGGAAAUUUAUACUUCCCCUGAUCCUGCACCUCGACCCAGCCGAAUGAAAAUGAAACCAAGCAGAUUGUUUGAGCCAGUCCUCUAUGGACAGAAACCUGAAGGACGCACAGUUGCCUUGCCAACUACAUCUGCAACACGAGUAGUGACAACAACCACUACUACAGUUACACAGCAGGGGCAAAUGAAAAGAUCUUCAGUCACACCUGUUGUGCCACAGGGGACCAAAGUACCUAUUACCCAGGGUCAAACCACACAUGUCUCUGUGGGAGUUCCUAGGCCUCAGGCACCAGCAACCUUUGCAGCUGCCCCAUCAGUAAGGCAACUGAGUCAGGCUCAGACUUCUCAGCAUGCUGUCCAGCAGAAUGUUCUGUCUCCAAGGCUGGUGCUCAGUUCUCAGGCCAGGCUUCCAAGUGGUGAAGUUGUAAAAAUUGCCCAGCUGGCUACAGCAGGGGCAGGCCAGGGACGAAUUGCUCAGCCUGAGACUCCAGUCACCCUUCAGUUCCAAGGAAACAAAUUCACUCUGUCGCAGAGCCAGUUACGUCAACUUACUGCUGGCCAGCCAUUACAGCUACAAGGUAACGUUCUGCAGAUUGUUUCUGCUCCGGGCCAGUACCUGCGUACUCAGGGAUCUGUUGUUCUUCCAUCUGUGCCACAGAGUGCAGCUGCUAAUGCCAUAAGAAACCAAGCCCAAGUGGGAGCUCCUCCACCUACUAAUGUGCCAUCAGCUGCUCUUAUAACUUCCAAAAGCACACCUACAGUAGAUCCAACUGCAAAAUCUGCUCCAGCUUCACUUUCCCAGGAAUCUACAGAAGACAAGCAACGUUCAUUAAAAGAGCGUCUAGAUAGGCUCUUCAUCUGCAAUGAACGACGGUGUGGACGAGCUCCUGUGUAUGGGUCAGACCUUUUAUCAUUGUUUUCCUUGCGUUAUCCUGAUACACGACCUUUUAUGUUGAAUACACAGUGGAGCUGGACCGGAUCAGUGCACUGUGCAAUCUCGUCUCAAUCUCCUAAGAACUCCAAUGAUCCAUUGCAGCACCUUAUUCGGAGCGUCAAACAGCAGGAAGCAGUUUUAGAACCCAUUGCUAAAAGGUCACUGUGUUUGAUCCCUGCAGCUGUUGCAAUUCCUCUGCAUAUGACAGUGCUGCAUCCUCCUCCCAUGUACACUCACAACAUGAAGGUCCUUAAACACUGUCUGAGGCAGCAUCUAGAUCCUUACAUUCAGGACAUACGAAAGCAAACAUCUCCUCAGUGUAUGCAGGAUCCAGAUUUGCGACUCAUCCAGCGUGACUCAGGAAAACUGGAGGCUUUAUCCAUCCUCCUCCAGAAGCUGAGGUCUGAGGGUCGGCGUGUGCUGAUUUUCUCCCAGAUGUUACUCAUGCUGGACAUAUUGGAGAUGUUUCUGGACUACCAUUCAUUCACCUUUUUGAGGAUUGAUGAAAAUGCCAACUUCAAUCAGUGCCAGGAUCUCAUGAAAAGUUUCAACAGAGACCCACGCAUUUUUAGUAUGGUCCUUUCUACUCACAUUCGUUCUUUAGGAGUGCAUCAUGUAGAAGCAGACACCGUGAUAUUCUAUGACACUGAUUUAAACCCUGUUAUGGAUGGAAAGACACAGUCAUGGUGUGAUUUCAUUGGAAGAGCAAAAGAUGUUCAUGUAUACAGGCUUGUGAGCGCCAAUUCGAUAGAAGAGAAGCUGUUAAGGAAUGGCACGAAGGAUCUUAUUCGGGAAGUGGCAGCUCAGGGCAGUGAUUACUCUCUGGCAUUCCUAACCCAACAAACUAUCCAGGAACUUUUUGAAGUGUGUUCUCCACUAGAUGAUUCUGGAUUUAGGGUGAGAGCUGAAGAGUUUGUUAUGCUUUCUCAGGAACCAUCCCCUCUGACAUCAUCACAGCCAAAGUUGCAAAACCAUUUGUAGAGGCAUUAGGCAAAAUUGAAUUUGGACAAGAGGAGUACAUCACUGAAUAUGAUGGACCAAAGCCCGAU